UUUACAAGUACAUAGCACGUUAAGUUGCCAGAGUGCGUAUCAAGUUUUUUUUGGCUGCCCACCAAAAAUCAAAAGUGAAACGCAAGUGAAGUGACCAAAAAGGAAGUUUUCAAACUGGUAGACUCACUUUAAAGUCAAAAUUAAUUAAAAAUAAAUAAAGGUCAAAAUAAACGUGCUUAGUGUUAAACGGCCACAGAUAAACAUUUGAAAGAGCGAGAUACAACAAACUGUUCAAAUUAAUCCAAGUAAAAGAAUUUUUCAAUACCCACGUUAAAAUAAAAUAAAGAUGGGUUCGUUGCCACAAUUGUCGAUUGUUAAGGGUCUGCAGCAAGACUUUGUGCCGAGAGCCCUGCACCGCAUCUUCGAGGAGCAGCAGCUGCGGCAUGCCGACAAGGUGGCUCUGAUCUAUCAGCCGGACACUCCAGGACACGGUAUGGCGCCCAGUCAGAGCAGCUAUCGCCAGAUGAACGAGCGGGCAAACCGAGCAGCUAGGCUCUUGGUAGCCGAAACCCAUGGCCGCUUCCUGCAGCCGAACAGCGAUGGCGACUUCAUCGUUGCCGUAUGCAUGCAGCCCUCUGAGGGACUGGUCACUACACUGCUGGCUAUCUGGAAGGCUGGAGGAGCAUAUCUCCCCAUCGAUCCCAGUUUCCCGGCGAACCGUAUUCACCACAUCCUGCUUGAGGCGAAACCCACUUUAGUGAUACGCGACGACGACAUCGAUUCUGGGCGUUUCCAGGGAACUCCAACACUUUCCGCUACGGAACUGUAUGCGAAAUCCCUUCAGCUGGCUGGUUCCAAUCUACUCUCAGAGGAAAUGCUACGCGGUGGUAAUGACCACAUCGCCAUUGUACUUUACACCUCGGGCAGCACGGGUGUUCCAAAGGGAGUACGGCUGCCGCACGAGAGCAUCCUUAACCGGCUGCAGUGGCAGUGGGCCACUUUUCCGUAUACGACCAAUGAAGCAGUAAGCGUUUUCAAGACGGCUCUUACCUUCGUGGACUCGAUCGCCGAACUGUGGGGUCCGCUGAUGUGUGGUCUAGCCAUUCUGGUGGUACCCAAGGCUGUAACUAAGGAUCCACAGCGAUUGGUAGCCCUGCUGGAGCGUUAUAAGAUCAGGCGCUUGGUGCUGGUACCGACUCUUUUGAGAUCGCUGCUUAUGUAUCUGAAGAUGGAAGGAGGCGGAGCAGCUCAGAAACUCCUUUAUAACCUGCAAAUAUGGGUCUGCUCCGGGGAACCCCUAUCCGUGGCUCUUGCCAGCAGCUUCUUUGACUACUUUGAUGAGGGAGUGCACCGGCUGUAUAACUUUUACGGAUCUACAGAGGUGUUGGGCGAUGUCACCUUCUUUGCCUGCGAGAGCAAGAAGCAGCUGAGUCUGUACGACAAUGUGCCUAUUGGCAUACCUGUUUCGAAUACGGUUAUUUAUCUUCUGGAUGCUGACUAUCGCCCGGUGAAGAACGGCGAGAUUGGUGAAAUCUUUGCUUCGGGGCUCAACUUGGCUGCUGGUUAUGUCAACGGACGCGAUCCCGAGCGCUUCCUAGAAAACCCACUGGCUGUGGAAAAGAAAUACGCUCGUCUCUAUCGCACUGGCGAUUACGGAUCCUUGAAGAACGGCAGCAUUAUGUACGAGGGACGCACCGACUCCCAAGUAAAGAUCCGUGGACAUCGCGUUGACCUUUCCGAGGUGGAGAAGAAUGUAGCCGAGCUCCCGCUCGUGGAGAAGGCCAUCGUUUUGUGCUACCAUGCUGGACAGGUAGAUCAGGCUAUCCUGGCGUUUGUUAAGCUCCGCGAUGACGCACCCAUGGUCACCGAGAUGCAGAUGGAGGCGCGCCUCAAGGACAAACUGGCCGAUUACAUGACGCCCCAAGUGGUCAUUUUGGAGCACGUUCCGCUUUUGGUGAACGGCAAGGUUGAUCGUCAGGCGCUACUUAAAACCUAUGAGACGGCCAACAACAAUGAAGGUGACUCUAGCAUUGUCCUGGACUUUGAUUAUUCCCAGGUACCCGAGGAUCUGAAGCUCACGGCUCGGGAUCUCUUCGAGACAGUGGGUGGAGUAAUUGGUCGCUCUACUAGGGCAACUUUGGCUCCACACAGUAACUUCUAUGAGCUGGGCGGCAACUCCCUGAACUCCAUCUUCACGGUGACCCUGCUGCGCGAGAAGGGCUACAACAUUAGCAUUUCCGAGUUCAUUGCGGCCAAGAAUCUGGGCGAAAUAAUCGAGAAAAUGGAAGCCAAUCAUGAUGCAGUGCAGCUCGAAGAGGAGACCUUGAACGCCUGUCCCCAUCUAAAGAUGGAGGCGGUGCCUCUACGCCUGGAGCACCGUCAGGAAGUCAUCGACAUCAUUGUGGCUAGCUUUUACAAUAAGGCCGACCUGGAGCAAUGGCUCAAACCUGGAGUUUUGCGAACCGAUUACAGCGAUAUCCUGAACGAUAUUUGGAAUGUGUUGGUGGAGCGGGAUCUUAGUUUCGUGAUCUACGAUCGGAACACGGAUCGCAUCAUUGGCACAGCGCUGAACUUUGAUGCGCGGAACGAGCCCGAGGUGGACAUCAAGUCCAAGCUGCUCAUUGUCUUCGAGUUCCUUGAGUUCUGCGAAGGUCCAAUUAGGGAUAACUACCUGCCAAAGGGCCUCAACCAGAUCCUGCACUCGUUUAUGAUGGGCACCGCCGAGAAACUGAAUCCCCGUGAGAACAUCGCCUGCAUGCACUUCAUGGAGCACGAGGUGCUGCGGGUGGCCCGUGAGAAGCAGUUUGCCGGCAUCUUCACCACCAACACCAGUCCGCUGACGCAACAGCUGGCCGACGUCUACCACUACAAAACGCUCCUCAAUUUCCAGGUGAACGAGUAUGUGCAUUCCGACGGCAGCCGUCCCUUCGGAGAUGCUCCAGACGAGCAGCGCGCCAUCGUCCACUGGAAGGAGGUAGCCAAGUAGGACAACCCGGUGGACUUGUCACCAAACCAGAUCUGCAGCGAAUUUAUCACGCACCACGUAUUAUAUUUAACUAGGAUAUCGUACCACCUAGUAUUAGCCCUAGGCAUAGUGUAACUUAGCGAGAAGUUUCGUAAGUUUGUGUUGACUAGUUGUAAGCUUCCGAUUUCGAUACAAUUAAAGAAACAACAAUCGAUAAUUAA